AUGAAGCGGAAGCAUUUUGUGUGGAAAUUGGAGGAAUUCGAGGGAUUUCAGCGCCCGAAACCCGAGCUGGAGCAAUAUGAAACUGACGCUGAGAUGGCAGCAGAUAUCAUUGAAGCAAUUAAGGAGAUAGAAGAUGACCUCGAGCUGAAACGGGUUGCCGACUUUGGCUGUGGACCCGGAAUCCUAAUGGGCGGGCUGGCAUUGAUGGGAGCCAAGAGCUGUGUUGGGUAUGAGAUUGAUGUUGAUGUAGUUGAAGUAUGCAAGAAGAAUCUGGAGAAUAUUGCUGAAGAUUUGGAGGAGGAACAGCACGUUGAGGUCAGGAAUCAAGAUGUAAGUAGAAUUUUUAGUUUUCGAUAUAAUUAUGGUUUUGUAGAGAAUUCAAGAAAAAUGUGUUUGUAAAUCAUAUAGAUUUAGUUUUUUAAUAGUAUAUAAUGCUAUUUAUAGUUAAUAAGUUGGUAAACCUCAAAGUUCAUGCUUCAGAUCUUGUCUGACUCCUUCAUAAUCGCCGAGAAUGAUCUGUUUGACAUAGUUGUUAUGAAUCCUCCGUUCGGCACAAAAAACAACGAAGGAAUUGACUUGAAGUUCGUAAGGAAGGCGCUGGAAAGUGUGAAAGCUUCUGGAGCCGUUUACUCGCUACACAAGACGUCGACGAGAGAGGGAAUUCAACGAAGAGUCGGGGCGUGGGAGGAUCUCCACGUCGACGUUCAGGCUGUAGCUGAACUUUGUUGGAAUUUGCCUAAGACAUACAAGUUUCACAAGAAGGCCGAGAAGGAUAUUGCAGUAGAUCUGUUGAGGUUUACGAAAAACGAGUAA